CUUACAUCACAGCACCACAAUUUCAAUGCUUUGUCAGUAUGCACUUCUAUCUGAUGAAUAUUUAAUGAGCGUUGAACCAACUAGUGAGGUUACGCCUUUGUGACCAGAUGUUCUUGCGUUCAAGUCACUGCAAUAGCCUACUUGCAACUCAUGACGUGUUUGUAGGUCAUUUUGAACCAAGAAAACCAUUCACAUUUGGUCCUAUGUAUUGUGGAUUCUUUAUUGUCCAACUAUCAUGUGACACUGGGUAUAAAUUAAGUGAUUCUCUAACUAUAGUUCUCAUACCGUUUUCUCUGCAAGAACAUCCAAGUUACUUGCACCAUGAAGGCCUCGAACUACAAUUGUUUCUCUUUCUUUGUAACCAUCUCAAUGUUAGCUUUGGCUGCAAGUUCUCAGUUAACAACUAAUUUCUACUCAAAGUCAUGUCCUAAUCUUCUCACCAUUGUACGUAAACAAGUUAUGAAUGCGGUCAAAACCGAAACAAGAAUGGCGGCUUCUUUAAUUCGUCUUCACUUCCAUGAUUGCUUUGUGAAUGGUUGUGAUGCAUCACUUUUACUUGAUGGAAGUGAUAGUGAGAAGACUGCUCUGCCGAACAAUAAUUCCGCAAGGGGAUAUGAGGUGGUUGAUGCCAUCAAAAGUGCUGUGGAGGGCUCAUGCAGUGGAGUAGUUUCUUGUGCUGACAUUUUGGCCAUAGCUGCCCGUGAUUCAGUUCUCUUGAGUGGAGGACCAUCAUGGAAGGUCUUGUUAGGAAGAAGGGACGGACUUGUGGCUAACCAGUCAGGAGCUAACACAAUGCUACCUGCACCCUUUGAGACAGUUGGUAACAUCACCCUCAAGUUUCAAGCCGUAGGCCUCAAUGUCACGGAUGUCGUGUCCCUUUCAGGUGCUCAUACAAUCGGAUUAGCAAGUUGUGGAACAUUCGGAAACAGAUUAUUUAACUUCUCGGGGACAAAUGCUCCUGAUAGUACGUUCUUGGACCCCAACAUGGUAUCCAGCCUUCAGAAUCUAUGUCCUGUCAAUGGAGACGCUAGUCGGACAACACCUCUGGACUGGAACUCGACUGACCUAUUUGAUACUCAUUACUUCCAGAACUUGAUUAAUGGGAGGGGUAUUCUGGAAUCUGAUCAAUUCCUAUAUUCGAGUGAUCAGGGUAUUUCAACUACACGAAGUCUAGUAGAACUCUACAGCAAUAACACGCAGCUUUUUUUCAAUGAUUUUGCAAAUUCAAUGAUCAAAAUGGGGAAUAUACAACCCCUCACCGGAUCAGCUGGACAGAUUAGGAAGAACUGCAGGGUUGUUAAUUCAUAGAUUCUCUAUUUUUAAGAUUAUGUAAGAUAAGUUGUGAUCAACUAAUUACUCAACCUUGUUGGAUCUAUACUGCAAGUUAUGAAUAAAUGAAGUGUUUUCUCA